AGACCACACGGGACUGAAGGGGUGCUGGGUACCCGGCGAACGGCUCGGGGUCUCGCGCCGCCGGACUCGUCCUCUCUCCCGGGCCGGUCGUGGCCGCGUAUUUCAGUUUUCCCUAACAAUCCCUAUGGAACCUUGCUCCUGGAUCUCAGCUUGCCAGCAUGAGACUGGGGAAACUCCCCUAGCUGUGAUGAAAACAACCCAUUUCUUAAUUUGUUGGAGGUAAAGCGUAUUAAACAUGGAGAACUUUAUUCUAUAUGAAGAGAUUGGAAGAGGAAGCAAGACAGUUGUUUAUAAAGGAAGAAGAAAAGGCACUAUUAAUUUUGUUGCCAUUCUUUGCACUGAUAAAUGCAAAAGAGCUGAAAUAACCAACUGGGUUCGUCUUACACAUGAAAUUAGACACAAGAACAUAGUAACAUUUCAUGAAUGGUAUGAAACAAGCAACCAUCUCUGGCUUGUAGUGGAGUUAUGCACAGGUGGUUCACUAGAAACGGUCAUUGCGCAAGAUGAACAGCUACCUGAAGAUGUGGUGAGAGAAUUUGGUAUUGAUUUGGUUACUGGAUUACAUCACAUUCAUGACCUUGGAAUUAUCUUCUGUGAAAUCACACCUGGAAAGAUACUUCUGGAAGGGCCUGGCACACUGAAGUUCAAUAACUUUUGCCUGGCUAAAGCAGAGGGUGAAAAUUUGGAAGAAUUUUUUGCUUUAAUUGGGUCAGAGGAAGGAGGAGGUGAUGGCUGUGAAAGCACUCCACAAAGAAACUUGAAAAAUAGACUCAAAGGCUCUCCUGUAUACACCGCUCCGGAAGCAAUAAAGGGAGCUGACUUCUCCAUAGCUAGUGAUUUGUGGUCAUUGGGCUGUUUGCUUUACGAAAUGUUUUCAGGAAGACCUCCAUUCUUCUCUGAAAGCUUUUCUGAAUUAAUUGAACAGAUUUUAUAUGAAAAUCCUUUGCCACCUAAAUCUAAAGGUUCUGCUCUUCCCAAACCUUCUUCACACUUCCUUAGUUUGCUGGAUGGUUUGCUUCAAAAGGAUCCUCAAAAGAGAUUGAACUGGACAGACCUGUUACAGCAUCCAUUCUGGAAAGAUGCUUUCAGCAGAUAUGAUGGUGAUUCCACAAACAGCCAGGACAUAAGCUCAAGUGAAAACAUGGAGUUUUUUGUAUCUAGAGAUACCAAGGACUCAUUGGAUACCCAUAAAAAUUCGAAUGAUAUGUCAUCCUCAAGAGCAAAUAAUAAACAACUUAAUAAAUCUUUCAAACUAGAAAAUCCAUCUGAAUUGCGGCCUAAAAGCGCACCUGGUGGUGAAUCAAAUGAGUCCAUAUUUCUUCUUAGCUCUCGUCCCACUCCGAGGACUAGCACUGCAGUAGAAAUGAGUAGUGCUACUGCUGCCUUAACUCAGAAUUCAGCACAAAGAACUUUAUGCUUGGCAAAGGGUAAAAAUGGACACUCAAGCCAGCAGGACAUGGAGUCCAAGAUGAAAGAGCUCAUCUACACAGAGUCUGACCUUUUUGUAACCCCUAUUCUUGACAAUCCAAAGAUAAUGAAACAAGCACCAGUUAGAUUUGACUUGAAAAUGUUACAUAUACCGGCACAUUCAGUUGAAAAGCUAUUAUCUCUGAAAGAAAUGGACUGGAAUGACUUUUUGCAACAAGUGUGCUCAUUGGUUGACUCCACUGAGAAGAACACAGGGGCAACACGAGCUAAAUUGAAUUUGCUGUGCUAUCUGUGCACUGUGGCUGGCCACAAGGAAGUAGCAACCAGGUUAAUCAGCUCACAGCUGUUCCCGUUGUUAAUACAACAGUUGCGGGCAGCUCCAAAUUGGGAUAUACGUGCCAAAAUAGCCAGGGUGAUUGCUUUACUAGCAUUGCAUACAACUGAACUUAAAGAAAAUGUACCUGUUACUGAAGCAGUUAUACUCCUAACUGAACUGAUCAGGGAAAACUUCAGGAACAGCAAGUUGAAACAAUGCCUUUUACCUGCCCUUGGGGAGGUGCUUUACCUGAUAGCCAGUCAGGAAGAAAAAAAGGUGCACCCUAGAGAAUGCUGGGUCGUUCCCUUGGCUGCUUACACUGUGCUAAUGAGGUGCCUUCGGGAAGGGGAAGAACGUGUUGUGAAUCAUAUGGCGGCGAAGAUUGUUGAAAAUGUUUGCACCACUGAUUCUUUUCAUGCACAGGGAUUUAUUACAGGAGAAAUUGGACCAGUGUUAUGGUACCUUUUCACACAUUCCACUGUAGAUUCUCUGAGGAUAACAGCUAUUUUGGCUUUAUGCAGAAUUACUCGUCACUCACCCAGUGCUUUCCAGAGUGUGAUUGAAAAGGUCGGAUUAAUGGCUGUUGUAAACUCAUUGGCAAAUGGAAUAUGUAAAGUUCAACAGUACAUGCUGACCAUGUUUGCUUCUAUGUUGUCAUGUGGGAUUCAUCUUCAGAGACUGAUUCAAGAAAAGGAUUUUGUGACUACAAUUAUCCGUUUAUUUGAAAGUCCAUCAACUUCCAUUAGAGCAAAAGCCUUUCUGGUCCUGUUACAGGUUUUAAUUAAUAACAGAGAGAUGUUACUGCUCAGUUGCCAAGCAAGAUUGGUGAUGUACAUUGAAAGAGACAGCAGAAAGACUACACCAGGAAAAGAGCAGCAAAGCGGCAAUGAAUACCUGUCAAAAUGCCUGGACCUUCUCAUCUAUCACAUUGUGCAGGAGCUGCCAGGAAUUCUAGGUCCUGGUGCUGACCAGACUGCAUGUGUACCAUCCCCAGCCAACCCUUCUGAGGACCUAUGUGAUAUUCUUAGUGCCCUAGCUAAUGUCUCUGGACGUAAACAUCCAUCAACAACUCAGGCCAAACAGCUGAAGAUGUGCCUUCCCAUGAUGCCGGUAGUUCUUCACCUUGUGGCAUCCCAGGUAUUCCGUCCCCAUAUUGUAACCGAGGAGUUUCUUUUUAACUAUGGAACUUUGCUUAAUUUUAUCAAAUCAAUAGUUUCUGGAGAAACUAACUUAAAUGGAGCAGUAGGUCAAGCUGCAUCAGAAGAACUGAUUAAGUCCACCUUAUCAGCAUUCGAAGUGGUAACACAGCAUCCAGUCUUAUUGACACUCCACUGCUCAACAGUUGUGGACUAUAUCCUCCCACCCUUAAUUUCUUUGGUCCAUAGUCAGAAUGUGGAAUGGAGACUCUUCAGCUUGCGGUUGCUUUCAGAAACCACAUCACUGCUUGUGAGCCACGAGGUCAUGGCUGAGGAGAAAGAGGAGAGCCUUGACUCAAACAAUAAGCUUCUGUGUCUCAUUAGAGAUUCAUUGCUGCCUCAAUAUGAGCACAUUCUAAUGGCACCUGACCCAGUACCAGUGUAUGCUCUGAAACUGUUGGUAGCCCUGACUGAACAUAGCCCUGCUCUUACUAGCUGUUAUUUGGUACUGAUGCCUUAUUAACGUCUAGCUACUACAGUGACUGGUGAACUGAAGAUGCAUUUAUUGAGACAGCUACCCUGUAUCAAGAAACAACUACAUGGAAGUGUUUAUAAUGCUUUAUCCUGUUUUUUUCCCUAUAUUAUGGUAAAAAUUAUUGAAAGUUUAGAGAAAUUUUGUUUUUUUAUGUAAUAGGGACUCACUAGUGGAAUUUUCUGCCACAGAGGGAACUAAAAUAGGUGUAUUCUUUACAUGCCUCCUUUUCUUCAAUUUUUGAACAUUGUUUCAUUUCUGUGUCAAUCAAUAUGAAAUAGUCAAAUGCUGUUAAUAAACCAUAAAUCCAUAAGUCUGCUCUCACCGGGGAGAUGAAUUUUAGAAGAUAUACACUUGUGUUUGUAAACAGUUGUUGCAGAAAAAUGUCCUAUAUUAGUCAUGGUCCUUGGGUUAGGCUUGUGAUAGAAUGAACUGUAUUUCCUGAUGAGGCUGUGGAGGCCAAACGUCCAGAGAAAUUAAGAAAAAAAAGGUUUUAGGAAAAUAAACAAGAUGUUUGAAUGGGGGAUAGGUAGAUAGAAUAGGCAGGAAGUAGAGCAGGAAGGAGGAAGAGAGAGAUGGAAAAGGAAUGGUAAUGUGUUUCCAUUGUAUGUAUCUAGGAUUUUGGGCCUGAAUGUGCGCUUACUUGCAUUAAGUUGUUAAUAGCUCUACUGAACUCAGUGGAGUUAUUAGUAUAAAACUGAAGUGAGAAUCAGUUAGGUCCUUGGUACUCAACCUCUGUUGGGUGGUUUCUGGAGCAAUUAUGUUUGGGGAGUGGUUCUUUGAGUCUCAGUCUUCCGACUUUCAUUGACUGAAAUGAGCAAUAGGAAAAAAUUAAUUUAUUUUCCUUAACAGCUCAGAUGAAAACACUCCCCUUUUUCCUUCUUAUCCUUUACAGUCCUACCAUGAGCACUGCUGCUACGCACUAAAUAGAUUAAAAAUGAACUAGAAAAUUGUUUGAGUGGCUUGAGAUUUUGAACAAUUUGAAUACAGUAAAUGCAGUACUUAACUGCAAUUUUAUUGUAUAAAUCCUAUUUAUACUACCACAGGAUUACAUUUAUUGUGCAGAUAAAUAGUACCAUUUUCUAUUGUUGAAAUAAAUCUAUUGAGCUUCUAAUUCUUUAUUACAAUUCAUAAAAUAUCACUGUAGCUCAGGCUUUGGUUAUCGGAGCAAUGUUGUAGCUCACCAUCAAAAGCUCUUUUCUGGGGGGAGAGGGGGUGUACACUUAACAGUGUUUGUGCAGGGUAGGUAUUUGGAUGCUGACUCACCCUUAUAAUCUGUUUAUAGUUGGGUAAUAUUAUUCUUUUGAUCCUGACAUUACUGGAUGGUGGGUAGUGAGCUUCUAGGUGCUACAGUAUAUCUUUAUUAACUGUUCAUAUUUUUAAUUUAGUCUUUUUAAUUCGAGUGUAUCCAGUGGUAAUAUUGGAAGGUGGCUUCUUAGUUUCUAGGUUCUGAUUUGACUUUAGCAAUCUUGCUGAUUUCCUUCAGUUAUUUUCACUACCGGAUAUCUUUUUAUAUUGUUAUUUUAAUACUUAAUGAUGAAUGCUACUUUCCACUGAGUCUGUCUUAUCCAAAAUUACAUUUCUCCCAUAAUGCUUCUCUCUUCAUAGGGUGACACAUUUUCUUGUGGCUUGAAAAAAAAAUCAGUAGAAUGGUUGUAGAUUUGGAAUAUGUAAAUGAAUGUUUUUUUUUUCUUAUCUCAUUGCCCCCAGAUAUUCCGGAAAUGAGUCCCCUUACUAUUCUGAUUCUGAACUAACAAGUUUUUUCUUGUUUAGCAAAUAUGAGUUGUUCUGAAAUUGCCUCUAUAAAUUGAAGAGUAAAUUGUGAGCAGUUGAGAUAUCAGCCCAGACAGUUGUAAUGUGAAUUUAGUGAUUCUGUCCUGUCUUAACUGUAAGUGUGUGGGGGGGGGGGGGCUUAUUAAUACAGCUUAUACCAGCUGCCUUAGUACAUUCACAGUUGGUUUUGGUAUUCUCCAUCCCCUCUCCUCUUUUAAUCCCAUCAUCUUUUUUUCCUAUUUUCUCCCCUUGCUCUUCUGUCUUCACCCCUCAGUUUUAUCCAUGUUGCUCUUCAAUGAAAAGCUCAUUGUUGAGUGGAAGGAUUCUGACAUUAGUGGUAAUAUAUAGUGUCUGCUCCUUCUCCUCCUCCUUCAUCUUCUCUGCUCCUCCCUUUGUUGCUGCCCUACAAACAGCUCAUUGUCACACACGGAAUAGUAACAUCAGAGGUAAAUCACCCAAUCUCCACUUUCCACUGCUCUUCAGCACCUCUUUCCCUUCCCUGUUCCUCUAAUUUUAACUGCAUUAGGAUUGUGACAUCAGACCUAAAUAAACUAUGACCGCUUUAAGUGAACUACUCCACCACUUUUUCCUCACACUGUAGUCCUACUAGUUAAAAAGCAUUAAAUACGCGUAUCUUUUUUUAAAAUCAAAUCUUGGAUUCAUGUUCUUUUUUUGAUGACUGCACAUCUGCAGGGGAAAAUUAUUCCAGUGACUCCCUGACUCCAUGUUAGCUCAGAAUAUUGUAAGUCGUUUGCUCUACGUAGAAACAUGCAGAUAUUCAAACAUUAUUGGAUGUUUCAUUUAUCGACUUAUAUAAAAUGAAAUACUGAUACAUUAUGCAUCUUUUUGGGGGCGGAAAAACCCAAAUAUUUUAAAUGUUAAGGAAAAAUAUCCUAAAAAUUCUUUCUCUCACUCCACCAUUAGAGCAGUUGUAACAAUCUAUUGUUAUAAAACAUAUUGCUUUCCAUAUAACCCUCUUGAUGGUAUGUAGAAUGAUUAUGGUGAUCCCACCUUUAAAAUGUGGCAGAACUCUGGCUCCCACACACACAGCCUCCAGCACUUCCAGGAUGGUAGCUGUGAGCACCUUAAAAAAUGUUUUUAAUGAGCACAUUUACUGGUUAGAAAUUUGAACAUAUGAGCAAUCCUGGGAUCAAACGAAAAACUUUUUUAUGGCUUGUUUGGUUUUUUCAGUUUCUCAACAAUGAAGUGGUAAAAUAAAAUACGUAAUCCAGAAAGCUGAAAUGAUUUGAGUGCCACCCCGGAUUUUGCACUAAGCCUUUUAUCCCUGAACACCCAGGUUCCAGUUGAAAUGUAGGUUACCAAUGCAAAUAAGUCAGGUGGUGUCUUCUAAAUCCUUCUCCCCCCACCCCCAUUGUAAAACCACCACAGUUUGAUGUAGCUUGGCACAGUUGUCAUUCUUUUCUCAAGAUAGAGCCACAGAUACUGCAAGGAAGAGCUUUGGAUGGAAGUUUGCUUAUCACCUGCCAACUCUGUAGCCUGCUUCAGUCAAUGCUAUUAGCCCUUCUUAAGAGCUUUUUCACAAGUUGUUGAUUUUUUUUUUUUUAAUGUUGCUUUGUUUUCUUCACCAUUUUAGAAGUUUUAUGGUAGGGAAAAUCUUGUGCAUAAAAACCUUAACAGUAUUAAUUAACUGAGUUUACUUUCUGCUAUUUUGAGACUGGUAAUUAUUUAAACUAAAAUUGAUUGAUGCUAAAGAAAAGGAAACUUGAACUAAUUAAAUUCAUCUCUGCACAAUUGAAAAAAUGCACUUUGUUAGGUUUUUUUCUUUUUUUAAUUACUUCUGAAAGACUGUAUUUGUAUAAGAAAUUGUUGGCGGAAGUAAACUCCUGAACUCACAUUGGAAACAAAUGGUUGCACAGCAGAUUGAGAUCUGAUUUAACUGUCGGACAUCUGUGUACUACAAGAGCAGUAUAAUUAGGUGCUUCUUGGUUUUUGUGGUUAUGAAUUAAACUGAAUAUGGACGAUAUAUUUAUUGGCAUGAUGUAGUUAGACAAUGUCUAUUUGUGAUUUUUAAUCAAUUCUUUCUCUGAUAUACUGUCCAUAAUUAUUUCACUACUCAACUGGAAUGUAAUUAUCAAAUAUAUCGGUUAUCCAGAGGUGAUCAGGUAGUUUUGUUGAGCUGCUUAGUUACCACUUAUAGCAUACUUUAUAAAUAAUACAAAUAUGUUGACUAUUAAAAUAUAUUUUUGGAGUUGCUCUGAGCGAUUUUAAUCUAUUUUGAAGUUUCUUCUUGCCAAGGGAAAUUUAUGUUGAAUGGUCUUUCGUUAUGACAGUCUCACUUGGUUGAAGAUAUUAGACUUUUGGUCUCAUGAAUGAGAGUACGCAAUAUAAUUACUCACUUUGUCAUGUGCUCUCACACACAAAUGCCCACUAAGCUGGAGUUAAGGCUGACAGUAUAUAUUAGUAAUUUUAAAACAGUGUAGUUAUCAAAAAACCUCCAUUAGAAACCUACAAAUUUCAGAAUUAAAGAUAAACUUGAACUCUAAACGUUUGAAAAUAUGGAAAUCUUAGAUGUGUGCGGUAUAGAUCACUGCAUUAUACAUUUUUAUAGAAAAAAAUGACCACAGAAAGAUGGUAUGAUUGCAGGGAUGUGCUCAAUGUAGCCCCAAUUCAGCUAAGUUGUUAAGCACAAAUCUAACUUUCAAGCGUGUGAGUGGUCUCACUGAUUUCAAUGAGGCUGCUUAUGUGCUUAACUACCUUGCUAAAUUCGGGCCUGUAAUGAUACAGUGGCUUUUCAAAACUUGAGAUAUCUACAGCUGUGGGCUGCAGAUGACUUAAGGACUUUAAUGUCACGUUCAAUGAGAACGCAUCUUACAUUGUAAUUAUGGAAAAAACAAAGAAGGGAAGUGUAAGGAGGCGGAGUGGUUCCCCAGUGCCUUGGAGAGGGACGAGCUCUGCCGGACACCAGAGUGGGUGGAGCCAAAGCACUCCAAGCCUGCCCCCCAGAGGGUCAAAGGCCAGACAGGAAGUAUAAGAGCCCAACCUCAGAGCUCACUCAAGAUGCAGCUGCUCGAGAGGCCAGACACCUCCAGCCCAGCUCCCGCUGGGGAGACUACAGCAACCAGCGGUGCACCGGGAGAUUGGCCCAACCAGCCAGUACUCAGCAUGGAUUAGCGUGUGGGAGAGUCGCCGAGCCUACCCCUCGCCAGCUACCCCAAGGAUCCAAUGGUGAUUGACCCCCCCUGAGAACCCCACCUUGACUUAGGUACCUCCAGAGGGGGAGCUGGGAAGUAGCCCGUGGGCAGCUGACCUGAGUCUGGCUGCAGCACAGCCGGAACCCGUGUCUGUGUGUUGUGGCCAGGAUCCCUACUGACACAGCAGCGGGCCUUUAGCCACUGCUAGGGCCCUGGACUGGGACGCAGUGGAGUGGUAGGGCCUGCAUGCUAUUUACCUGGGUUUGCUCAGCCCCUGACCAAGGGCCUGAGCUGUGACGCUUCACUGCCGCUCCCUGACCCAGGGCCUGGGCCUACUGACUAUAUAAACUGCUGCUCAGCCCCUGCCUAAGGACCUGAGCCCUGAACUCUUUGCUGCCCCACCCUGACCCAGGGCCUAGGCUGGUUAUCCGCUAAUUGUUACCUGUGUGUGCUCAGCCCCCUGCCGGACGGCUUGAGCGAGGACUCCUGCGGCCCAACCAAUUCCCCGAGGGUCCAUGCAAGGACUAAAGGAGGCAGUGUGGUUCCGCGUCACCCCGGAGAGGGAUGAAGCCCGACGAACCCUCUCUACAGGAAGAUGGCAUCAUUGAAGUGCAGCGUUAACAUUGCGUGGAUGCCUGAACUACAUUUCCUUACUACUUCUUCAAGGACCUCUGUGCCCCCUAGAUGUGAGUAUGCAUGCCACAGGGAUGACAUCUAAAAAGUAAAAAUGCACAGAAGCACUUCUGACUGAAUUUCGUCAGUUUCUAAUUGUUGUUUUUUAGUAACUACCACAUUCUUGUAAGGCUUUCUGUGCUUAAGUGAUAUAUUUUCACCCUUCUCUCCAUCUUUAAUGAUGUAUUUUAUCUUGGAAUUACCUUAGUUUUAUACAUUUUUGAAAUGUUUGACGUGCAUUGUGAGCUGGGGACAGGAUACUUUGGAGAGUUCCUAAAUUCUGCAGAAUACCGGACGUGUCAGGGAGAAUCACGUAACAUGCAGAGUCAGGUAAAGGCAGGCAGCAGGGACCCAGUGGAAUUUAUUAAUUCCACAUGGUCCUGGACUCCCCAGCUUCUAAGUUGCUCUUUGUAAGUCAACUGCUCCAUAUACCCUAGCUACCUCCUCUGCCUUUAUUCUUGCGUUGCCUACAUUCAGUAGAAGCUAUGGGCUUGAUAUGGACUCCAUUGUGGGUUCACAGCAAGAUUUUGUUAGUAUGGUCUUUUCCAGUGCAGACCUGGUGGUACUGAGAGUAUUUGUCCUAUGCAUUACAAUAAAUAUUAUACUACCCCAUGCUGCUGCAAUACAAAUACUGAAGAUUUCACUAGUGGAAAAAAAAAAGCCUUAAUUCUGUCUUGUAAUAAUAACAUGCAAUUCUGAUGAACGAAUAAUAGUGUUUGUAGAUCUAGAUUAUAUUAAACUGAUUUUUAAAGACACAUUAGACUUUUUUUUUUCUUUCUAUUUCUCUUGUGGUGUCACUACAAGGCAGAGUUAAGUUUGGGUGCCCUAAAUGUGUAUUUCUACAGCUUAAUAUGUUUGGAUUUCUUUUACCCUUUACUCUUAAUUUUCUGGUUUUAUAAUGCUUCCUUUUGGAAAAAUUGCAGCAUAAUAUUUUUGUUAAACUAAACUGGUAUAUUCUGUCUUAACUCCAUGCUAAUGUACUUCUAAAAUCUGGGAUGUUGAUUAUUAUUUAUUUGCAUACAUGAGCUGAGCUAAGAUUCUCACCUACUCACAUGCCUCCAGGAGCUGAGGCAUUCAGAAAAACAUCAGAUAUUGUAAAAUUCGCAAUGAAAUGACAGGAGUUGGGGACACUGCCUAUUAUUCUAUUGUUAAGGUCAUUCAAGAAAAAAAAGGAGGGAAGGGUAUCUGGUACCAGAUGUGAAAGUUUUAAAGGACCUAUUUUAAAAUAAUUUUAAUUGUAAAUACAUUAAUAGAUUUAUUUGUUAGUUCUCAGAAAUUCUGUGCCCAAAGAGUAAGUUCUGUAAGUUUGGGGAAAUACACUGUAGUCUUCAUAAAUAACAAAGGCUGAAUGUGUGGUUCAAGUACAAAAUUCAGCCUUAACUAAUGAGCUGCAACCAGUACUUUCAUAAUACAUCGUCUGAAAUGACUGAACAGAUUUUAGAAAUUGAAAUGGAUAGGGAACCUCUUUGUGCCAUCUUAUCAUGGACAUCCCUUCCAUCAAUAUCACAUCAUGUGGACACAGCAGGCUAGAUUGCCUUUGGCCCUUAUGUAGGUCCACCAUGAGGGUGGCAGUGAAGGAGGGAAGAAAGGAGCCUCUCCAAUUCCCCCAUGAACAAACAAUAUUCUCUUUACACUUGAAACAGGAGCCUCUCCAAUUCAUAUCCAUGAACAAACAAUAUUCUCUUUAUACUUGAAACAAAAACUAUAAAGUUUUGGUUCCUUGCUUCCAUAUUGAAUUGAUUAAUGGAUGCUUAUAUUAAUUGUCUAAAAAGCGCUUUAUGCUGAUCUCCCAAAUUGUAAGCCAUUGUAUAUUCUAGUUUAAAAAUAUAGUGUUAAAUUUAAAAAAGUGACCGGUUAGCUUCUAAAUUAGAGCUUUGUUUUUUCUGUGCUCUCUGCCCUUUUGAGUUAUUGCAAUGAAUAUAAACAAAUAUUUGGAGAGGUUUCUGAUAAUGAGCAACCCUAUCUGGUUUGCCCACUAAAAUUGGAGAAUGUUUAGGUGCCAGUCUCAUUUAACUCAACAAUAGGAUCAAAUCUUAGAUUCACAACACAUUGAGAGAAACUAGGUUUUCUUAGCACAGGACAGGACUUUUUUUUAAAUCAUUGGUCUUAUGUCCUCUGCCUUGCAGCACCAAACCCGGAUUGGAUAUUUGACAAAUUACAAAGCCUAUAACUAACAUCCUAGUCUCCUCUUCUCCAGAGACUGUCUUUUUUUUUUAACAACAUUUAAGAAUUGCUCGAUGACAGAUUUUUCUGUGGAGAUUUUAGGCUAUGCAGAAAUGGAGCCCUCUGUUUAUUAGAUUAUUACCUUCUGAGGCUUCCUCCUUUCCCCUCCAGAGACAUGACUGCCUCUGUCUUCCCAUCACAGAGAGAGAUCUCAUGGGGAUGGGACAGCUAAAAAAAAGAAUUUUAGUAAUUUUUUUUGGAGAUAUGAUCACUAGGCCACAAGAUAGGACCCUUUCUUUCUUAUCUGGCACUCUUCCAUUUAGCCCAGACCAAGCCUGUCCUUGCCUUCUCUCUAGACCAGAUCAGCCCUUCUUCUGUCUGUCAGUAGUCUCUCUUCUUCUUCACCAAGAACAUAUUGUGUAAGGAAUAGAGUGAAUAAGGUAGGACUUGCCAAACCAUAGAAUAUUAUUUUGGGGUGGGUUUUUUUGGUUCUUUUAAAUAAUGUCCUUCAGGCUGCCUCCUUGCUCCAUGUUAUAUGCUGAUCUUUGGGAGAUUUAAAAAGAAAUGAAGAUAAGUCUGAAAUCAAUUACUUUACACUUAUUUAGGGCAUCUAGCACACAAGUCUAUAAUUUAAGGUUGUUUUUUAAAAUUGUACUUGUAUGUCACCUUUACAAAAAAACCCUGCUGGAUCAGGAUGUGUCAUUAACAAUACGUUACUUACUUUAAGCAUGUGGGAAGUUGGUGGCAGAGGAUGGCUUAUUUGCUAGCUUGGAUCUAUUUCAUGGUCAGUGGCAGCAUGGCAGCUCCCUUGGUCAGUGCUCUCUCAUCCCUCACAUUGCGCUGAUCAUCUCUGAUAAGAAUAAAAGAGCUCAGUUCACAAUAAAGACUGAUUGCCCGCAAAGUUUCAUUUUAAUAAUGCUGUUAGAGAGCCUAGUCCUGUCAUCUUUACUUGCUCAAGUAGUUCUAUGAAUAGGAUUAUCUAUGUCGGGAUAUCCAGCACUGGUAAGAGUUGCAAGAUAUUGUAUUAUGUUUUUUAGUUAUCAUGCGGCCAAAAGUCUUUGAGAGCUGCCCAUAAGUUUGCUUCUCUCUGUCUAAGGUCUGGUCUACACUAUGAGGUUAGGUCGAGUUUAGCUGCAUCAGGUCGAUUUUAUAAGCAAUGCGGCUACACAACCAACCCCGUUCCGCCAAUCUAAAGGGCUCUUAAAAUUGA